AUCCGUGACUGCAGCUCCUCCACAACCAGCCUGCACCUGAGACAAGGUGGGGGCCGUGCCGCGCAUGCGCGAGUCCCUCUCCUCUCAUCCUGCAGCAGGACAGUAACAGUGAGUGUAACGGCACCCAGGGGAGCGCAGCGGUGCAGCAGGCUGGUAUCCGGACCGGGAUCGAGGCUCAGAGAGACGCACGCCGGAGGAGAUGGGGGGCAAACAGAAAGUAGACAAGGAUGGAAACUCCGGCAAGAGUGACAAAGUCACUUUGAAAAAGGAAAUUGGACUCUUGAGCGCUUGCGCCAUUAUUAUUGGGAACAUCAUCGGCUCGGGGAUCUUCAUCUCCCCUAAGGGAGUGCUGGAACAUGCCGGCUCCGUGGGAUUGUCCCUCAUCGUGUGGAUGUGUGGGGGGGGAAUCUGCGCCCUGGGCUCGCUCUGCUACGCCGAGCUGGGGGUCACCAUCCCCAAGUCCGGGGGAGACUACUCCUACGUGACGGAGAUAUUCGGAGGGCUCGUCGGCUUCCUGUUGUUAUGGAGCGCCGUCCUCAUCAUGUAUCCCACCACGCUGGCCGUCAUUGCCCUCACCUUCUCUAAUUACGUCCUGCAGCCGGCCUUUCAGAACUGCCUGCCUCCAUUCAUCGCCACCAGACUGCUGGCCACCAUCUGUGUCUUGUUCCUGACGUGGGUGAACUGCUCCAGCGUGCGCUGGGCCACCAGGAUCCAGGACAUCUUCACCGUAGGGAAACUGCUGGCUCUGGCGCUCAUCAUCGUGGUGGGACUGUUCCAGAUCAUCCGAGGUCACUACGAGGCCCUGGCGCCCAGCGCCGCCUUCGAGUUCCGCCAGGACCCGUCCGUGGGCCAGAUCGCGCUGGCCUUCCUGCAGGCCUCCUUCGCCUACAGCGGCUGGAACUUCCUCAACUACGUCACGGAGGAGGUGGUGGAGCCACGCAAGAACCUGCCGCGAGCCAUCUACAUCUCCAUCCCUCUGGUGACGCUGGUCUACACCUUCACCAACAUCGCUUAUUUCUCCUCCAUGACCCCCGAGGAGCUGCUGGCGUCUAACGCCGUGGCCGUGACGUUCGGGGAGAAGCUGCUGGGGUGGUUUUCCUGGGUGAUGCCGAUCUCUGUGGCGCUGUCCACCUUCGGAGGGAUUAAUGGAUAUUUGUUCACUUCCUCCAGGUUGUGUUUUUCGGGGGCCAGAGAAGGUCACCUGCCGUAUCUGCUGGCCAUGAUCCACCUGAAGAACUGCACCCCCAUCCCGGCCCUGCUGGUCUGUUGCAGCGCCACGAUAUUCAUCCUGUGUAUCGGGGAGACUCACAACCUGAUCAACUACGUGUCCUUCAUCAACUACCUGUCGUACGGCGUGACCAUCGCCGGCCUGCUCUACCUCCGGAAGACCAGGCCCAACCUGGUCCGACCCAUCAAGGUGAGCAUGCUGGUUCCCAUCACCUACCUGGUGCUCUGGGCGGUUCUGCUGGGCUUCAGCCUGUACUCCGAGCCGGUGGUGUGCGGCCUGGGCAUGGUCAUCAUGCUGACCGGCGUCCCCGUCUACCUGGUGGGGGUGCAGUGGAAGCAGAAGCCCUCGUGGAUCUACAGGCUAGUGGAGAAAGUCACCUACUGGGGCCAGAAGUAUUGCUACGUGGUGUUUCCUCAGGAAGACUCUCCGGAGGCCGAACCGCUCAGUGCCAAGGCCACGGACUGAUUCAGCCGGGACUCCCUCGUUCCUGUCGCUCCCACACCUCCACUUCUAGGUUCUGUCUCCACGUUGCUUCUGUUGUAAAUUGAGAUGGAUUCGUAAAUAUUCUUCUACACGUGCCACUGAAAUGGAAAGAAUUGUACAGUUAUUGCUAAAAGCAGAAUACGUUUUACAGUGAAGGCUAUUGCUUUUAUUUGUUGAUUUUCUUUCUGUCUUUCCUGCAGAUUUUCAUAUCACUUUGUUGCUAAAACAGAAAACCUGCACCUAUUGAUCACCUUUGUAACACUUUUUCUCUAAACUGUCAUGCUGAUGUGCCUUAUGUCUGCACUUUUCUGCACUAUUUCUGUUUCUCCUGCUGCCUUGACUCGGUUCCUUAACUCCUUUCUCUCAGUAUUGUUGCAGAAUCUGGGCCUUCUUUUUAAUUCACACCCAGCGUUCGUUUCUUGUGUUUGUUGAGUUUAAUUCAGCCGUUUCCUGAGAAACGCCACAGGUGCCUAGACGACGACGUCGUCCUUAAUAUUAUUGUUAUUAUUAAUGUUAGAGAAAGAAAUGAGAUGCGUGAUAUUCAUCGGUGCCAGCGAUGUUCAGCGCAGGAGAAUCUCGAUGAGCUUCAUCGGUACGAGACACGAGGGCCGGCGGUUCCUCCGGGUUCUGAAGGUUCUUCCUGAACUCUCUCAAAGAUGUUUGUUCAGUUCAGUCACUAUUUUUCUCCUGGAUCUGCUUGUGUUACGAGUAUUUACCGUUAAGAUGUCAUCAGAUGACAUCAGCAGAAUACUGACAGAUGUGUGACGUCACUUACCGCCGGCUUCUCCUGGAUCAGCUGACUGAGCCGCUGAUGAUGUCACGCCGUACUGAUUCUGUUAAUAUGUGCAAUAAUAAUUAGCCCCUAAAGUAUAACGGCCAGACGUACGUCAGUACAGCCGCAGCGCUGCUACCUUUGAGAAUAGAUGAAGUAACGGUCCGAGUGAUGAUGUUGGUGACAUUGUGUAUUUUACUAUGGCCGAGACCCGCCAUUGCUGAAAAUAAAGUAACGCUGCAAACAGAAACAAACGCCGCUGCAAAUAAAAUAAACGCUUAGCAAAUAAAAUAAACGCUGCAAACAAAUAGAAACGCCGCUGCAAAUAAAAGAAACGCUGAAAAUAUAAAGAAACCCCGCUGCAAAUAAAAUAAAAAACGACGCAAAUAAAAAAGCCACAACGGAAGUGAAUUACCGGGGACUGUUUUUGCCGAUGCACCGUUGGUUUUAUGUGAGAAGUGUUGUUGUUUUUGUUGUUUUUAUCAUUAAUAAUAAUAAUGCUAAGAAUAAUCUAAAGCGUGGGUAACAAUAGUUAUUUGGAUGAAUGUGAAGUUGAAACUGUGUGUGGUGGUCAGGGACUUCUCCUCUCACGUAAAAAACACAGGUGACGUGACAUCAGCAAAAAUAGUCCCCGGUAAUUCACUUCCGUUGUGGCUUUUUUAUUUGCGUCGUUUUUUUUAUUUGCAGCGGUGUUUCUUUAUAUUUGCAGCGUUUCUUUUAUUUGCAGCGUUUCUUUUUAUUUGCAGUGUUUCCUUAAUUUGCAGCGGCGUUUGUUUCUGUUUGCAGUGUUACUUUUAUUUUCAGUAAUGGCGGGUCUCGGCCACCGUAGUAUUUGGUUUAUUCUGGGAAAAAGAACAAAAGCACUAGUUUAUUAGAUAUUUACGUUGUGAAUAAAAGAGAAGAUGAAGGUUUCUCAGAUGUUUUAUCAGCAUAUAAAUGCUGGGAAGUUUGUGCACAUUGAAUUCACAACAUAUGACUCGUUGCCCUCCGUCCAGUUCGCUCUGCCACCUGUAAAUACUGUGUAAAGAAAACCAACUGUUACAAAUGUGCUGGGGACUCCUGCAGAGAUCACAUUCCUCAGAUGUGUCGAUACCUUUACAUGCUGUAUAAUUGAUGGGUGUGAUUCCGUAUUUUGUAAAAGACUGAAAUUGUACAAUAAUAACAACAUAAUUGCACAUUAAAUAUAGCAACUUCUAAGAAUAAGGGUGUUUAUGAUGAUUACUGAUUACUGUCAUUGAGGUCGAGUGUUAU